AUGUCCGUAGAAUAUUCACAGAAUCCGUUAGUGUAUCGGGGGAGUAGAGAGUUUGAUCCAGAAAUUCCCGAAAUAUUACCACAUGAAAAGGUUUACUCGAUUCAAGUUGGGUACAAAUUGUUUAGAUUAAGCGGAGCAUCUUUAUCAUCGGAUGCCCCAUCUUAUUUCACCCAAUUCUUCAAUAAGGAAGAGAAUACCGAAGAAAUUUUGUUUAUUGAUAGAAAUCCAAACAUAUUUGAAAAAAUUUACAAUCAUUUACAGGGUUAUAGGAUAUCUGUUGAUACUGCAAUUGAAUUUGUUCAUAUUUGGAGUGAUAGCUAUUACUUUGGAUUGAAAAGAUUACAAGAACAAUUGUCAAACGAGGACAUUUUUGCUAUUAUUGGAGGAGAAUCUUUUAAGAUAUCGAAGAACUUGUUAGUACAAUCAGGGAAUUAUCCGAAUUAUUUUUCGAUAAAUUAUGAUUCUAUGUUAACUGAUAAUUUGAGGUUAAUUGAACAGAAAAAUAUUAUACGACCUCCUCCUCAACAGCCUGCUACUGUUAAUAAUAGAAGUGCUAAAUUAUUUGGGGAUUUAAUUCAAAUUUUGAAAGGGAAUACCCUCGUAAUUAAGAAUGAUGAACAUCGAAAAUUAUUAAUAAAAGAAUGCAAGUAUUAUAGAUUUCUUGCAUUAGAACAAAAAAUUAUUAAAUAUAAGAUACAUAAUUGUCCGUACACUGAUGCUCAAGAGAUCAUCAUUGAUUUAUUUGACUUAUCGUCCAAAGGAAUCUUUAAACAAACUUUCCCCAGACAAGAAUCUCCAGUAUUGUAUGCAAGACCUUAUAUAAAAGAUAUUAAAAGAAGUUUAAUUUUUCAAAUUAAUAAUUCUGAAAAUUUCAAUCCAGAACUUAAAUUAUUAAUAAAUAGAACUGAAGGUAUUUGUAUAUUAAGAUUGGUUGGUGAUUAUAGAAGUAAAUUUUUACAAAUUUUUAGAAAUAUGUCAAAAGAUUUUAUGGAUGAACCACAAAUGAGUAGUGAAAUGUUAAUUUUAUCCGGUCUUAAAAGUUCCAAAGCUGUAAUCAAUGGAUUAACUAUGAAGCAAGAUUGGUGGUUUUCUAUAUUAGAUACACCAAGGAGUGAUACUCUUGGAUCAGCUUCACCAGUUGAAAACCUCGGAGAACCAAAAUCAAAAAUGAGAAAGCUUGAUUUAAAUUCAAAUAAUGACCUUCUUUCAGUUGAUAACUUAGAAAAAUAUUUUAAAGGACAAGAAGAAAACACUUCAAAGCCAGAGAUUAUCGAAAUUACAAUCAUCAAAGGGUUAUGGAGGGUUUUAACCAGAGGUCAGCAUGCCAGACUUCAUCUAGUUUCUUUAGAAGGAUGCACGAACUCUAGCACCUUUUUAAGGGAUAGAAUUGAUUUCUUAUAA